CCCUUCAAUUUAGCUGAUUUAUCAUUUUUCAAUGGCUAGUGAAGGAGUAGCACACAAAGCUCUCAUUAAGAACUCCUCAAAGUUCAAAGAGUCUGGGCUGGAUCCUAAGAAACUAGCUAGUGUUCUGUACAAGAAAGAAUUGAUAACUCCAGAGGCAUAUGCCAAAACCACUGAUACCAACUCGACUGCUUCUGAUGAAGAAAAGCUCGAAAUCCUUUAUAAUAAUAUUGAUGAAAAUACUUUGGUAGAAGAUGGCUAUUUUGAUCGUUUUAUCAAUUGUUUGAUGAAUGAUAUUAAAGAUGAAAGGUGUACAGCAGUGGCUCAAUCAAUUAAAUCUAGUUAUGAAGAUAUGGUGGCUCAAAGGAAAGAUAUUGCUGUGGGUGUGAAGCAUCGUUUAAGUGAUGCUGCUAAGUAUGUGAAAAAGAAAGCAGCUCAGGCUCAUGAAGGAGUUAGAGCAUUCUCAUAUGCUGUUGGUGAUAUAAUUGCAAAGGAUAAAGUUGAAGGAAGUUUUGAAGAGGACAGUGAUCUUCAUGACACCCAAAAUGAAGAAGACGAAUCACAAAAAGAAGAAGUAGUUAAAUCUGAAGAUGAAUCGUCUGAUGCCUAUAGGUGCCUUUAUUGUUCGAAAACAAUCAACCAAGAAGAAGAGCCAGUGCAUAGAGCCUGUCUUCCUAAUUACCCAUUGUGUAUAAGGUGUCUUCAAAAUGGAAAGAAAGACUCAAGCUAUUACUGUGAGCAGUGUCUGGAAUAUGAACAAGUGUCCAUUUGCCAUUAUUGUUCUGGUGAAACGAAUGGCAUACCAGUUCACUUUUCAUGUCUUGAGAAUUAUCCGUGGUGCUUGAGAUGUAUGACACAAAAAAGAGAAGGUGCAAAGUAUCUCUGUAAAGAAUGUAAACCAGAAAAUAUUGAAGAUGUACUUGGCUUACCUGUUUAGUAGCUUAAAUGGUAUGGCAUGUUUAUUGUACUGUAACUUGCUUACUACUGAAUUCCAUGUAGCUAUACUGUUUGGUCUGUAGUGCAUAUGUCAUCGAAUAUAUUAUGGUCAGUACAUAUGCACACAGAAUCCAGCUCUAAUCAUGUUUUA